AGUUUCUCGUUAAUUAUAUUCCGUGUGAAUUGUUUUCACAGAAGUUGAAUCGGGUCACAGAUUCGUGAUUCAGAACGUCCUGAACUAUCGCGAUUAGUAUGAUUGAAUUCGAUCGGAGUACUCCUGGAAACGAGAUUACUCUUUUGAAAGAAACUUGAGGAUAGAAGAAUCAGAUCUGAAAUAACAUGGUUCCAGGGAUGGAAAGAAGAUUGGCGCUUUUCAUGUGAAUAGAAGUCGGCUUUCAAACGUAUAUUCCUCGCAUAGUUUGCAAGUGAUGAAAGUAUGUGUAGUACAGUUUACAUUGGUAAGAAACUUUCGUACGAUAGGGUAUAUUACUUUACUCUUGUAGAAUACGUCUGAGCUAUGUUGGAAAUUUACAUAGAUUUGUUGGCAUGGUAUGUUUGUAUUUAGGUAUUUAUCCUAUAUAAAAAUGGCCAUGUUUUACAGUUAAAUUGUUCGGUUUCCGGGAAUUUACUCGUCCUUUUUUGAAGUGACACGUCAUGAGUGCGCCGAAUUUUAAGGAUCUGGGCAAAUCCGCGAGAGAUGUAUUCACAAGUGGCUACCAUUAUGGCAAAACUCUUAUCAAAUUGGGUGUUAAAGCGAAAUCUGAGAUACUUGAUAUGGGGAGUGAUUUACGCUUGAUUUGCGACACAUCAAAAUUGACCGGUGUCAUGGAUUCACAAUACAAAACAAAUUACGGAAGUUUUCUACAAAAAUGGACGACGGAUAAUAAUGUUACAUUGGGCCAUAGUAGAGACGACAUCAUAGUCCCAGACAUUAGCAUGCAAUCGGAGAUUACUUAUAAUCCAACAACAACUGCCAAAUUGAUAAAAAUUGGUGCCAAAUGCAGCAAGGAACUGUUCAACGCGUCGUGUUCGAUCUCAACUGACACACAAUUUAACGUGGAUGUUUUGGGCUCUGUGGUCACCGCAAUAAAAGGUUUUUUAAUUGGUUAUCAAGGUGGCUAUAACACGGAAUCGAACAAAAUGACGAAGAACGAUCUAAGUAUGGCUUUCGAUUACCAGGAUUUCGGUUUUUACUUUCGAUGUACCCCGAUACCAUACGAAUAUGGAUUGUCUCUCAUGUACAAAGUGACCGAAGAAUGGGACACGGCUGUUAAUAGUAUUGUAUGCAGAAGUGGUGGAACGCUACAAUGGAUGGUCGGCGCUGCAGCGAAAUGGAAAAUCGACGAGACAUCGACGUUUCGUUGUAAAUUCAACAGCGAUCUUCAACUUGGUAUGAGUCUACAGCAGAAACUGGACGACAAUGUCAUGUUAACCCUGUCGUUUAACAUCGAUUGUAUAAACCCUCUGAGAGGUGGCCACAAAGUCGGUCUGGCCUUUGACAUCGAGGGCUGAGCCAAUGAAUCGGCCAUUUCGAAUUUUCUUUUUUAUAAAAAAAUGCUCUUUGAUGUCUUUGAUUUUUUUAGUGCACUUGUUUCUCGUUUAUUUAUAUAUAUAUAUAUACAUAUUAUAUUGUGAUUGUUGUGAUAUUAAAAUGUCCGAUAUUAUUGAUAUUAAAAUAGCAUUUGCAAGUGA